ACGUUAGCUUGAUGCUAGUGCGCUAACUUCAGUGUGGUCAGCCAACCGAAGCAUGAGGUCCGUGUUGUGUCCAUUUUAUCUCGUUGGCGUUACACGGUAAACAUGUCUCGAGGGUGAAGGUAUGGUCGGUAUUUUGAGUUUUUCUUCGAUUUCAGUCUGUAUGAAACGGAAACGCUUCCGUUCGAGAACGACGAAGUCUUCUGUCCGUAUCCCUCACCUCCUUCGCUAGCGUCCUGUGUCGGCUUCUAUCUAUGAUGUGAUUGUGAAUAACUAUCGUCGAGGGAAGUUAUAAUUGACAUUAUCACAGCUGAAUGGCUGUAGCACCGGCCUGUCACUGUUUGUUUCACGCCCGCUUGCUCUUAUUCCGAUAGCCGUUUGAGUUCAGCGACGGGAGGGACCGUUUUGCUGGCGGAUUGAGAGAAGAGACCGCAUCCACAGCACUUUAGUUCAACGUCUGAAAAACAACAAGAUGUCUUUCUUCAAUUUUCGGAAGAUAUUCAAGCUGGGGCCGGAUAAAAAGAAGAAGCAGUACGAACAUGUACACAGAGACGUAAAUCCGGAGGAAAUUUGGGAAAUAAUCGGUGAGCUGGGAGAUGGCGCUUUUGGGAAAGUGUACAAGGCUCAAAACAAGCAGAACGGGACCCUUGCCGCUGCUAAGGUGAUUGACACAAAGACGGAAGAUGAAUUGGAGGAUUACAUGGUGGAGAUCGACAUUCUGGCCUCCUGCAACCACCACCACAUUGUCAAACUGCUAGACGCUUUCUACUUUGAAGGCAAACUUUGGAUUCUGAUUGAGUUCUGUGCUGGCGGUGCGGUCGAUGCCAUCAUGCUGGAACUCGAGAGACCCCUGACUGAGCCCCAGAUCCGGGUGGUGUGUAAGCAGACGCUGGAGGCCUUGACGUACCUUCACGAGAACAAGGUCAUCCACAGAGACCUGAAAGCUGGAAACAUCCUCCUCUCCCUGGACGGAGAAGUAAAACUUGCUGAUUUCGGUGUGUCGGCUAAAAAUACCAACACAUUACAGAGAAGAGAUUCUUUCAUCGGCACUCCGUAUUGGAUGGCUCCAGAGGUUGUGAUGUGUGAAACUUCCAAAGAUCGUCCGUAUGACUACAAGGCCGAUAUCUGGUCCCUGGGGGUGACCCUCAUAGAGCUGGCACAGGUCGAGCCGCCCAACCAUGAGAUGAAUCCCAUGAGGGUGCUGCUGAAAAUAGCCAAGUCUGAACCGCCCACUCUGAUGCACCCCUCUCGCUGGUCGCCAGAAUUCAACGACUUCCUGCGAAGAUCGCUGGACAAAAAUGUGGACAAUAGGUGGAAUUCAACACAGCUACUGCAGCAUCCUUUUGUGACCAGCGUGACUGACAGCAGACCUCUUAGAGAGCUUAUAGCCGAAGCCAAAGCUGAGGUCACAGAAGAGAUCGAAGAUAGCAAAGAAGAGGAAGAGGAGGAGGAACCUGAUACUCCUGCGGCAGUUCCUGGGCACAAAAGAGCACCAUCAGAUGUCAGCAUGGCCAGUUCAGAGGAAGACAAAGUGCCAUCUACUCCCUCCAACCUGGAAUCUGUUACAGAAAAAACUGAAGCUGAGCCUGUGGAAGACCGGAGCAGCGAUAAACUCUCGGACGAAGGACUCGGAACAAGCGAAGUGGACAAGACGGAGGACGAGAAGCUCAAUGAAGUUUCUGCCAGCAGCGAGGACCUGACCCCUGCACCAACGGAGACGAGCAAAGACCUGGAUUCUGCAAAGGUUCAACUAGUUGUUGAUCAAACUGAAGAGAUCUCUGGUGAGGCGGCAGUGUCAAAGCCAGAUGAAGUUGUCGAUUCCCAAAAACCUCCCUCAGAAGUUGAAGAAGCUGAGGAACUGAAGGAGAUAUCGGAGAAAAUGGUCAUGGAGGAGGAAACUAUCCAAGACAAAAUGAAGCUAGAUGAAGAUAAACAGCAGCCAGGUGAAGGCGGUGCUGCAGAUUCAGUUGAAUCACAAGAAAUCCCUGAAGGUACAACAGCAGAUGAAGUAGCAGUGGGUGAGGAAGAAAGCAAAGAUUUAAAGGAGGAGAUCACCGAACACAUGAAAGUGACAGAAGACGGAAUCAAAAACAUCACCGAUGAGACUGUUGAAAAUGUUGAUGCUGAUAAUUCACAGUCAACUUUAGUAGACACAAAAAUAAAUGGAGACAUGGACAGCAAGUCUAGUGUAGAGGAGUCUUCCACUGAGGCUGUUUUAGAAAACAGAAGCACAGAAAAUCAAUCAGAGGAGACAAAAGACGAAGUCCCCGAAGAGUCCGAGCCGCCAAAACAAGAAAAUGAGAGCAAAGUGGAGGAAGAACUCGAGGAACGAGCGCCAAGUGAAUCUAAUCAAGUCAGCGACGACGUCAAAGUCACGUCAGAAGUUUCUGAAGUUAUCUCUCAGGAUGUCUCGGUUAAGGAAGAUGGAGAAAAGGGUACUCAGGCAGAUGAGGUCACCUCACAAGACGGCGUCUCUGUCCAGGAGAGUGAAACCGACUCAGAAAGCAGGAUGGAGCAGGGAAGCCCUGCUGUGACCAAGUCAGACGUGGAGAAGGACUCUGACUCAGGAAGCAGCUCUGCUGCCGAUAGCAACAGCCUCGACCUUAAUCUGUCCAUCUCCAGCUUCCUGUCCAAGAGCAAAGAAGGAGGCUCUAUAUCUAUGCAGGAGUCAAAACGUCAGAAGAAGACUCUGAAGAAGACCCGGAAGUUCUUGGUAGAUGGUGUGGAGGUCAGCGUGACAACGUCAAAGAUAGUGACGGAUAACGACGCCAAAAGUGAGGAGAUGAGGUUCCUGAGGCGGCAAGAGCUGAGAGAGCUUCGCCUCCUUCAGAAAGAGGAGCAAAGGGCCCAGCAGGAGCUGAGCAACAAGCUGCAGCAGCAGAGAGAACAAAUCUACCGGCGCUUUGAACAGGAAACUACUGCAAAGAAACGUCAGUAUGACCAAGAGGUGGAGAACCUUGAGAAGAAGCAGAAGCAGACGAUCGAGCGGCUGGAACAGGAUCACACCAGCCGGCUCCGAGACGAAGCCAAGCGCAUCAAAGCGGACCAGGACAAAGAGCUGUCCAAGUUCCAGAACAUGCUGAAGAACAGGAAGAAGGAGGCCGUUCAGGAGGUCGGACAGUCACCCAAACACAUGAGAAAAGAGCUCAUGAAACGCAUAAAAGAGGACCUGGCGCUCCUCCAGACUGCAGAGGAGCAGGAGUUCCUGCAGAAGCAGCAGCAGGAGCUGGACGGCGCUCUGAAGAAAAUCAUCCAGCAGCACAAACUAGAAAUAGCCACCAUCGAGAGGGACUGCCUCAACCACAAACAGCAGCUGCUCAGAGCACGAGAGGCAGCGAUGUGGGAGCUGGAGGAGCGCCACCUGCAGGAGAAGCACCAGCUGCUCAAGCAGCAGCUGAAAGACCAGUACUUCAUGCAGAGACAUCAGCUGCUGAAGCGACAUGAAAAAGAAAUGGAGCAGAUGCAGCGCUACAACCAGCGGUUGAUAGAGGAGCUGAAGAACAAACAGAAUCAAGAGAGGGUCCGCCUGCCCAAAAUCCAACGCAGCGACGCAAAGACCCGCAUGGCCAUGUUCAAGAAGAGCCUCCGCAUCACCGUCGUCGCGGCCAUGACGCCAGACCAAGAGAGGGAACGCAUAAAGCAGUUUGCCGCGCAGGAGGAGAAGAGGCAGAAGAACGAGAGACUCCAUCAGCACCAGAAACACGAGAACCAGAUGAGGGAUCUGCAGCUGCAGUGCGACUCCAACAUCCGCGAGCUGCAGCAGCUGCAGAACGAGAAAUGCCACCUGCUUAUUGAACACGAGACCCAAAAGCUGAAGGAGCUGGACGAGGAGCACAGCCAGGAGAUAAAAGACUGGAGAGAGAAGCUGAGACCUAGGAAGAAGGCGCUGGAGGAGGAAUUCACGCGGAAGCUCCAGGAGCAAGAAGUCUUCUUCAAGAUGAGCGGGGAAUCCGAAUGCCUUAACCCCACCACCCAAAGCCGGGUGUCCAAAUUCUACCCCAUCCCAAACCUGCAGAACUCGGGUUUAUAGCCUCAUGUUUAUGUUCCUCAAAGUAAACUCCAGUCAAACUUUUAUCUCUCCCCCACCCUGUAUCCCCGAUGGGAGUUUUUUUUGUUGUUGUUGUUGUUGUUCUUUUUGUCUCUGAUAAACAUUGAAAUGUAAUUUGUG